GUGGUGGCGGCGGCGACUGAGAAGGAAAAAGGAGUAGGAGGCGGAGAGAGGCAGUAGUGUGGGAGGGAGGAAGGAAGGGGAUGUUCCUGGGGCAUCAUGGCCCCAGCCAUGCAGCCGGCCGAGAUCCAGUUUGCCCAGAGACUGGCGUCUAACGAGAAGCUGAUUAGGGAUCGGGCGGCAAAGAAACUGCGCCAGUACAUUAGCGUGAAAACUCAGAGAGUGACAGGCGGUUUCAGUCAAGAAGAAUUAUUAAAAAUAUGGAAAGGACUUUUUUAUUGCAUGUGGAUGCAAGAUGAAUCUCUCCUACAGGAGGAAUUAGCUGAUACCAUUUCCCAACUCAUUCAUGUUAUUAACAACUUGGAAGCUCAACACCUCUUCAUCCAGACUUUUUGGAAAACCAUGAAUCGGGAAUGGAAAGGAAUAGAUCAGCAACGUCUAGACAAAUAUUAUAUGCUAAUUCGUUUGGUCCUUCGGCAAUCCUUCGAAGUUCUGAAGAGAAAUGGUUGGGAUGAAAGCCGGAUCAAGCUUUUUCUGGAUGUCUUGAUGAAGGAAAUUCUGCACCCUGAGAGCAAUUCUCCUAACGGAGUGAAAUUUCACUUCAUUGACAUCUAUCUAGAUGAACUAGCAAAAGUGGGAGCAAAGGAGCUUGUGGCAGAUCAGAAUCUCAAGUUUAUUGAUCCAUUCUGCAAGAUUGCAGCUAAAACUAAGGACCAUACCUUAGUACAAACGAUAGCUAAAGGAAUCUUUGAAGUCAUUGUGGAUCAGUCCCCCUUUGCCCCUGAAGAUUUAAUGGAGGAACAGAAAACUAAUGGCGACAGUGAGCUGUCUGAAGAAGAAGAAUCUGAUAAUGAAUUAACAUCUAAAAAAGCAAUCAUUAAAAAGAAACCAGCAGUAGGCAAAUAUCCAACAAGAAAAGAUGGAUGGAAUGUUGAAGAGGAAAAGGAUGAAGAUGGUACCUCUGAAGACACAGGUAUACUUCUCCAGUUUGACUACAAAGCUGUUGCUGAUCGACUCCUAGAAGUGACCAGCAGAAAAAAUACACCACCCUUCAACAGAAGACGUCUCUCUAAACUAGUCAAAAAGUUUCAAGAUUUAUCUGAAGGUGUUUUCCCUCAAAUCAGUUUUCCUGAAGACAUUUCUACAGAUGAAGAUGACCAUACCCUUAGUCGGGGAAGGCGUAAGAAAAAAAGAAAUAAACUUACAGAGAAAACCAAGUUAGACAAAGAAAAAGGGCAGUACAAACCAAAAAAAUUCAGCCCAGCUGAGGAAGAAACUGAAUGCAAUCUUCAAAAGAGAAAACGGAGAAAGAAAAAGAAAAACAAUUCUCAUCCUGAAAACUCAGGCGAUACUUUCAUCCCCUCUGAACCAAAUGGGAACAGUGAACCAGAGUCAUGUAAGAAAAAAGACCCCAAAAAAUAUGCCCCUGAGAAUGAAACAAACACAUCCUUUGCUGUAGCUGAGGAAAGUGGUAUGGAGCAUCCCCCAACUAUCAACACACAAAACAAAAGAAAACGGCCAAGAAAGAAGAGUUCAAGAGUCCUAGAAGAACUGGCAGAAAUUGGGAUGCCACCUGUUGAAACUGCCAUUCAAAAUGGCCCAGGUUGUAUUACUGCCCAGGACCCUGCCACCAGCAGCCCCACAGCAGGUGGGGUCAAAAUAGUGAAAAAGAAGCGGAAACUUGGGGCUAUUACAGUUGGUAGCAAUGGCUUGACUCCAUUGGUGGCAAUCCGUUCAGAGAGGGAAAGCUUGCUAGAUAGUCCAGCUGGAGAAGGGGAUUGCCCAGCCUUCCUGGCCCAGGGUGUCAGGCUAAAGAAAAAAAAAGGAAAACUGGAUAGUCUUGAGCCAGUUAGCCUGCCCAACCAGAAGGUUGCAUUUCUGAAAAAGAGGAAGAAAAUAAAAGAGGUAUUAAACCUGGUGGAAACUAACGGAGCUCUAGAAGCUGAAUUGAAGAAAAUCCAGUCUACGGGAGGCAAUGCAGCUUUCAGCCCAUUGAAGAAAAAGAAGCUGAAGACUGAAAACGACUUCGUGAAGUUUGAAAAUACAGCCUUACCUAAGCCCUUGUUCUUUAGAAAAUCCAAAAGCAACAUUAGUGUCUCUUCCCCCAGCCCCACUGGCCAGUUGAACAAGCAAACAUCAUCCAGCUCCAAAAAGGUCACUUUUGGGUUGAAUAAAAACAUGACUGCAGAAUUCAAGAAGACUGACAAAAGUAUCUUGGUAAGUCCAACAGGACCCUCCCGAGUAGCUUUUAAUCCUGAACAGAAGCCUCUCCACGGAGUACUAAAGACACCUACGAGUUCACCCCCAGAAACUCCCCUUGUGACUAAGAAAUUGCUUAUUGCACCUCCAAAGAGAAGACCAACUGCUAUGGACUUCUUUUGAGCAUAGCAAGAGUCUUUUCUCUUUCAGGACUGCUUUUUGUACAGAAUAUUCUGUAAAUUAUAACU